UUUGCUGGCGCGGCGCAUGGUACGUAAAUGACCAAAAUACCCUCACCGAGAGUGGGUCUGCAAUCUUCUUCUGCCAACCGAUUGGAGUGGAGUGGGGAUGGCAGAAGUGAAAAAGCAUGGGGAAACAGCACUGCUCGUCAUCGACAUGCAGAACGACUUCAUUAAGGCGGGGGGUCCGAUGCAUGUGGGCGGGGGUCAAGCUAUCGUCCCUUCCGUUAUCAAAGCCGUUCAAGUUGCUAGGCAGCGUGGCAUUUUCGUAAUUUGGGUUGUUCGUGAACAUGAUCCAUUGGGAAGAGAUGUGGAACUCUUCCGCAGGCACUUGUACGGUGAUGGAAAAGAAGGGCCUACGACUAAGGGAACAAAGGGUGCAGAACUAAUUGAUGGACUUGUGAUUGAAGAAGGAGAUUAUAAGCUAGUAAAAACCCGCUUUAGUGCAUUCUUUGCAACUCACCUUCAUUCCUUUCUUCAAAACAAUGGGAUCAAGAGUCUAGUUGUUGUGGGAGUUCAAACACCAAACUGUAUAAGGCAGACUGUCUUUGACGCUGUUGCAUUGGAUUACCAGCCCGUUACAGUCAUUGUUGAUGCAACAGCUGCUGCUACACCGGAUGUUCAUAUGGCCAAUAUUUUUGACAUGAAGAACGUUGGAGUAGCGACGCCAACAUUGGAGGAAUGGUGCAGAUCCAGUGCUUGAUCCAGUCCGUCAUGGGUCUGUAGCAGGAUGGCAAAAUGGUACAAAAGCAGGUUAGAUAACUUCCUUCACCUUCUUCUUGUUGUUUUUUUAUUUAGCAAAGUGUUCCAUGAAUGAUGAGGUUUAUCCCAAGCACAAGUCGACCCUGUUGUAACUUGUAAUAUCAGCAGUGUAGAGUAUAAAUGCAGUUUGACUGCAACUUCUCAUUAUGGAUACUUGAGGUGCCACUAUUUUUCAUCA